UAGUAAAGUUGCGUGUGGAGGGGGUAUAAGCACGCCAUUCACAUCCGUAGUAAAACUGAGAUAGGUUUUUUGAAUAUUUUUUGUCUUUCUCGCGCGAAUUCUCAUUUCCCAACCUAUAGUUCAUACUUCAAUUAGGAUAGAGCCUAAUAAAUGUACAUACACAUAUUAAAGCGUCUACACAUUCGGCACAUAUUCGCAUAGGUUAAUGAUAGAAACGUAAAGUUUGUAUACCUAUAUUGCACGUGGUUAAGUAUGGCGCUCUUCGUAAAACAGGAGGGUAUAAAACAAGUACCAUGGUUUUCGCUUACAGAAUGGUAUCAAGUAUACAAACAAAUUUUUUCCAACGAUGCAGAUGAACAAAUCAAGGGAUAUAAUAUGUUACUUACAUGGAAAGCAAGGACGUUUUAGGAUACCAAAGUUACCAGUAGGAGUUGACUGUACCCUUUCAAUUAUGCAAGUCUGUCUUAGAGAUCGAGAGUGGACUCCCAAAAUUAACAGUGGGGAGUUAUCAAUUAAUUACGAAAAUGAUUUGUGUCUGAUGUAUUCAACCACUAUAAUGAGAAUUUUAAAUCAUAUAUCUAACAUAGGACAUACGAAGCAAACAUCCUUGUUUCAGAUUGCGAAGCAGCUUAAUAUUCCAGAAUGGAUAGUGAAUUUAAGGCACGAUACUGCUCAUGGUUAUGAGUUACCAUCCAUUGGUGUAUUGAGAAUAGCUGCCAAUAUAUUGUUAGCUUGGAUACAUGAAGAAUAUUGGGUAUCUGAAAUCAAACAAAUGCAAAUAUGUCUUGACAGUGAAGACUGUAUAAAAGAAGCUCAAGAAAAAGAAGAGGUUCAGGAUUUUGAUGAUUUAAUUGAACUUUGGACUGCUGUUAGUUUAUAUAUUCAUGCUGGACAUCGCCUAGUAUCUAAAAUACCAGAUCUUCAAUUAAAGGAAACGCUACAAGAUUUACGUUCAUACGCUAUUUCCGUAUUAGAAGAAAAUAACAAAGACAUGGAAAAUGAUAACUACAUGAAUGCUAUUAAUGACAACUUAAAAAAGGAUAAAAAGUACACGUUAGAAACUGCAAGAAUCGUUCUUCUAUCGGAAAUAUCUAGAUUCCUCAAUAGGAAAUCUAUUCCUAAUAAAAAGGAUAUAGUUUGUAAUGCACUUUUUAAUACAGAGGCUUUUUUACCGAGCCAGGAUACUUUACUAAUUUUCACUCAUAAAAGAAAUGCUAGAAAUGAACUAGAAGAUAAUAUUUUGCCAUUAGACAUGAUCAAAUUUUGGAAAGAUAUUAUAUUUUUAUUACACGAAAAGAACCUAAUGGAAGAAUUACUGUUAGAAUUACUCAAAUUAAUGAAUAAUGAUCAAAUACCUAAAUGUAAAAGAUUAUUGGCCUCUUUAUGGAUAAGUUCUAUAUCUUAUUGUUUCUUAAAACUGGAUUAUGCUCAGUGCAUAUCUCGAGAUUUAGAAUAUAAGUUAGAAAAGACGCAGAAGAAAUUAACACCAAUUGCUUUCCAACUUAAAGUCAAAUAUGAAACGCAUCGUAUUUAUCCGCAUUUAAGAGAUGUUUUAUGGUUUAAUUUGUCAGAUGUAAUACUACCAUGUUUAACUGACAUAAAUUUUGUUACAAAACUUAUUUUAAACGCAAAUGAAUUUUCUACUAAAUUCAUCUCACCAAUGUUGGAAUUAUUAAGUCCGAAAAUAGACAAAAAAAGUAAAGAACUGUUAAUAAAUUUAGUCAAUAUUUAUACAAUAGGAAAAAUAGCUGGUGAAAGUCUAAAUGAAAAUGAUAAAACUUUCACUGUUGAAGAUAUUCAAUAUAGUAAACGAAAAUUAAAUAAGAGUAAGGAGGAAAAUAAGUCUGAAAAUGAAACAAUUGAUUUCUUAGUGGACAAAAAGGUUCGAAAUUCAUACUGGAAAAUUGCACUUACAAAUUGUAAUUGGACUGACUGCCCAGUUGGAAUACUUCCCUGGCAGCGUGAUACCUUGGAAGUUUUUGAGCCAUUAAAGACUGUAACACAAAAACAUAAUGCCUCCGUUUUAGGAUCUGAAAUUAUUCCAGGAUUUAUUGAUCAAAAAGACUUAGGAAUGCAAAGUGAAAUUGAUUGGGAUAAUGUUUUGAGGAAAAAGAAACGUAUGAAACGGAAACAUGAACAGAGGAAUGCAGAUAUUAUAGUUAAUAGAGCACUGGAGGCUGCAAAAAAGCAAAAAUAAUAUACCACUGUAUUAUUAUGUCUCAAAUGUUUUAUUUAUAAUUGGCAAGUUUCUGAAUUGUAUAAAAAUAGAAAAUUAUUAGCAAUAUAUUUUUGUAAUUUACUAAAUAAAUUGUAUAAUUAUCAGAUUCGUUAGCAUAAAUUUUUUUGUUUAUUUAUUGUAAAAUUUAUUUCUAUAAAUUUGUCGGUAGUUGAAUUAACAUUAAAUGUAUAUUAAUAUUUCAAAAAACGCAUAUAACAUUAUACAUGUACAACAAAAUAUAAAUUAACUCAAACAAUAUAUAUUCACAAUGUACAUGAACUGAACAAUAAAAAAUUUUAUUUAUCACAAAAUAUCAAACCUAAGAACCCUAACAAACCUUCAUCACAAAAUAGACAUUCUCCACUAACGUGAUUCGAGUAAAAUGUAACUUAUAAAUCGUAUA